AUGACGGACUUGGUGGCGGCCGUGGCCCCGGCCUGCUCCAUCACGGACGACUCGGCCGGCUGCUACACGGCCUCGUGGUACCUCAUCUGGGACCAAGUGCGCUACUGGCUGCUCAUCCAGGUGCCGGUCGUGGCGCUGUCCAUCGUCUACGAGUGGCUCGAGCUGGCCUCGCACCGCUACGUCGAGCGGCUCCGCAAGCUCUGCGACUCCCCGCUCACGAACGUCGUGAACUACCUCGUGCAACUCGUCACCAGCUUCUAUGUCUGCAUCAACUGGGUUGUGCGAGGUGGGUCGCUGGCGGUGAGUUUCUCGUCGUGGUCGGUUGAGUCGCUCUUCCUGAUCGCGACGGGCGUCGGAUACGGCAUUCGGUGGCUGGCUGCAAAGAACAAGGUGACAUUCGUAUUGCAGCUCCACAACCUGUUCGACUUGCUGUCUGUGGUUGCCCACUUCGCCAUUUCGAUCCAGACGAUCGUGGUGGGGACUAAGCGCCUACGGUCGUGGCUGGAUUUCGGAUUUAUCCGCUCGUACGUCGGCUAUGUGGUGGUGGAUCACUUGUUCACGAGAUACCCGAACAAGACCUUCUUCUCUCAAGUGCUGCUCGUCGUGUUCAAGGCUCUGUGUCUCGUGUUCUUCUUCGCUGCAGUGCUGUUCUCGCUUGAGCAGCUUGGAGAGCUGCCGCACACGAACAGUUUCCUGCUCCAUGUGUAUGAGUGCAGUAACGAGGACGGCACGGAGACGAUUCUACGAGCAACGAACGAAGGCUCCGAGGCGUACCCGAACUGUGACGAGACGUGGAGUUUCUUCUCGUCCAUUUACUUCAUGUUCGUGACGGUGUCGACUGUGGGUUACGGAGACUUCUCUCCACACACGGUGCUGGGCCAAUUGACGGUGUGCGUGAUCAUUGUGUUUGGUAUCUAUACGUUCGCGAACGAGUCGGCCGCCUUCAUGACGCUGUACGGAGACCAGCGUGGAACUCUUGUCAAGUACGACGGCUCACGAAACACCGUACAUGUUAUCGUAACAGGAAACCCGUCGGUCGCACAAACCAAAGAUUUUAUCCGCGAAUUCUUCCACCCUGACCACGAAGAGGCAUUCCAAGCCUCUCAUUCGCACAGUGACAUCCCCUUGAAAACCCACGCUCGGUACGGCAGCAUUCAUGAAGCCUAUUCCGCGAUGGAAGAAGGAGAAGUGAACGAGAAGAAGCGGAAUGUCAAGCCGCUGGUUUCAAAAUGGAUGCGCCGUGGCGGGAGUCUCAUUCGCGAGACACAUAUCGUGGUGUUGAUGCAGUUCGACAAGGCUGGUGAGAACGCGUCGUACCAGCGAGAAGUGAUGGACUUUGUGGAGCAGAACCCACGGUAUCACAAGCGCGUGUUCCUUGUGUAUGGAUCACCCCUCCGCGAUACGGAUCUGAGGAACGCGCAGCUUGACCGAGCGAUGGCUGUAUUCUUUUUACCCGACAAGUACUCGGAUGACGGCAACAAGGAAGACGCCGCCACAGUUCUUCGAGUACUCUCAGUUUCCCAGCACAAGCAAGAACACACGCAGUUGUUUGCCAUGCUAGCGAACUCUGACAAUCGGACUCUUCUGGAGGCGACUGGCCUUAGCAAGGAGAAUUUGGUGUGUGCGGACGAGAUCCGACUGGGUCUGAUGGGCCUCAGUUGCAGAUGCCCCGGCUUGUCCACUGUGGUGUCCAAUCUGAUCACUAGCCGCAGUGGGGAACUUCCGAAUGUGCCGCCAGAGCAAGCACAUUUGGUGAAGCCGUGGGUGUCCGAGUACAUCUCCGGUGCUGCCAACGAGAUCUACGCUUGCUGCUUGACCAAGCAUUUCCACGGUAUGAAUUUCAUCCAAGCCACCAUGCACAUCCACAGGCAAUCGAAUGGGCUAGUGCUGCUGAUCGCGGUUGAGUCGGAUGGAGAGAUCGCGUUCAAUCCUGGUCGGUGGUAUCGCAUUGCUCCUAGCACCAAGGCUUACCUGAUUGCCGAGUCGAUCUGCGCGCUUGAACCUUUUGCCGGUACACCAACGAUGAGUACCGUCGCGGCAUUAUCCUUGAACAUGGCACUAUUGCAGAGCCGCGGAAACUUGUUAAGCAGAGCUCGUCGGGCGAAGCACAACGUCGAAAGGCGUAUCCCCAAGGACAUUCGUGAGUACAUCAAGCGGUGCGCUGCCAGUGAUGAUCCAUCGCAGAUCCCGUCUUCUCCUUCGCGCCAGUUGCUUGCAGGUGGCGGUCACAUCGUCGUGUGCAGUAACAUCGGAAACGAGAGCGGAGGCCAACGCUCUGUCUCAAGACUGGUGAAUUUCCUUCGACCUCUACGUGCGCCGCAUAUUGAACGGGUCGUCCCAGUUGUGAUUGUAGACGCUGGCACUUUCGACAGCGUGUCGUGGCUGCAGCUGAGAGACUUUGGCGAGGUGUACCAUGUCCACGGCUCUCCGCAGAACCACCACGUUCUUGCCACUGCUGGGAUUUACACCGCGUCUUCGAUUGUUGUCCUCGCCCAAGGCACCGAAGCUGGGUACGACGAUUCCAAGGCCAUUUUUAACGCUAUCCUCGUCAAUUCGGCGCUGCAGCGCAGCAAAAUCUUCACGAUCAUCGAGCUCCGAGAUGUUAGCAACAACCGAUUCCUGGAUCCAGUACCCAGCUUCGGGUCGUCUCGGAAAAUCCAAGGCGGUGCCUUCAUUGGCACAGACGACGAGUACGAUGUGAAGUCGAGGUUGUCGAGUCACCGAGGUCCGUUAUCGUCUGCCGGUGUUGAUAGCGUGCAGUACAGCCGCGCUUCAACUGUCACGAAGAAGCGCAACUGGGUGCAGCGUAAGUCGGCGGUGUUCAUGCGCGCGCUCUCAGCUGUGAACACGUUUUUCCUUGGUAGUUUGAGAACUGCAGCCCAGCAAGUGAGCACGUAUGGAGCUGAAUCGGACGAUUCGACGGCAGCAACCAUCGAAAGCUUGUACAAUGGCGACAACGGCGACACGUUCUUCCAAGAACGCUUCAUGAAUGGCGCGCUGUUCCCUUCCUACGUCGCCGACGACUUGUUGAUCCAGAGUUUCUUCAACCCGUCGCUGAACAUGUUCAUCCGCAAGAUUCUGGAUGGAAAGAGCUGCUUCGUGCUCUACGACGUCCCGAGAGAACUCCGUGGGCGGCAGCUGCUGUAUGGGGAGCUAUUCGAGUACAUGACGUCUGGAGUCGCGCACACGCUCCCGAUCGGGCUGCUACGCGCGAAGGGCGGACCCGGAGGCGCGCCUUACCCAUACGUGUAUACCUGUCCGUCGUCAGACACAAUCGUGUAUGCUGCGGACAAAAUCUUCGUGCUGAUCAAUGUGAUGGCCAUCAACCGUCUCGCCAACAAGCUGCAGCGGCGCUUCCGAGCUCGCACCAAACCCUCCAUGACGCUGGCAGACCUCGUCGAGAACAUUUCUCGACCUUCCCAACUGUAG